AUGUCAGACAAGAGCACAUCAUCGACAAGACAGGUUGUAACACGACGACAAACCAUGCCCACUACUGAUAUACUUGAAAAUCGCUCUAGUGAGUGUGCCCCAAAGGCACACACAGCAACUCCGACAGCUCCUAUUGAAGAUGACCUUCUCAUUGCAGCCACGGCCUUGGAGAAACUCAAACAUGAUACCCGUCCACAACAGAGCACUCCUCGGCCUUCACAAUCUCACAAACUCUUGAAUAAAGUCAUUUUCCAUCCUAUAAUCUCAAACUCCAUAAACUUUGUCUUGGAGAAAGCUAAAUCCAAAGACUUGGACCAUGGUGGUUGUGAUGGUAGUGAUGCUAUUGUUCAGCGUAGAAGAGCAAGAGCGGAAGAUGCGUCGCUUGAAGAGCCGGACCAUUCAACUAAGAAACAAAAGUUCUCUAAGGACUCGACUCCGUUGAGGAACCAAAUAUCUGUGAGAUCUGCAACCAAACAUAAAUCAAUCAAUGAUUUGAGGAAUUCCACACUCACUUUAAAUAUUGAAAGUAGGAAGAAACUUACAAUGUUGAUACAGUUUCUAAAGUUGGGCAACUACCAACUAAAUGAACGUAUUGAGAAACUUAUCCAUUCAGUCGACGAGAAAAGGGAUAAACUGGGUGUUUCGAAGGAGGAGUUGAAUAUACAGCAGAUAAAGACGGAUAUAGUGGCCACCAUCAAAAAAAUAGUAACGGUGGUGUCUAAGGUUUCUGCUGACUCGUUAUCCGAGCCUGCCCGUUCAAAGGUUAAAGAUGCUAUUUUGAAUUUACCGACUAAUUGGGCUACAAUGUUGGACAAUCAAGAUAAUACAAUGGACAUUCCAAGUAGUGAUGACGAUGAUCUAGAAGAGCAUGAAGCUGAUGAAAAGCGGCAGAAAAGCGAGCAUGAAUACAAUGACGCCAAACAAACAGGCGACGGAAAUCAAGGGGAGAAGUUCGUCAAAGAGGGAGAGAAAGAAAUGGAAGAGAAGGAUGAGACAAAAGAGGAAAUACCUACAAUAACCGUGAAUCACAAAACCAUGUUCCAGAGGGAGCGUAAAGCAUCCAUUAGUAGGCGGAUUAUGAAUAGCUUGAUCGAAUAUCGUAAAUCAAAAGGUCUAGAGUUUGACUCUAGUAAGAAAAAGCUCAACAACUGGUUCAAGAAUAAAAUAAGAAAUCAAAUAUUGAAUGACCAAAGCGGCAAGGUGCUAGUACUUGCUCAGGAAUCUCUUGACAUGAUUAAUAAAAUCAUCAAGUUUUGCGACGAAAGUUUAGACAAGGCUGACCAUUGGAAUACCAUAAAGCAACAGGAACACCAAAGGGAACUAUUAGAAAGACUCAAACAAAGUGGCGACUCUGACCAAGUGGAAACUAUAAUCGUCAAAACAAAGGGAACGGAAAAGAACGUUGAUUAA